AUGAGUACAAAGUGGCGAGAGUUCGCAUCAAAUACUACAGUACAUGGCCUCCGCUAUGUGUACGAAAGCCCUUCCAGAGUUCUCCGCUUUGUGUGGUUAAUUCUUCUGUUACUAUCUAUAGCGUGGUAUCUGUUCUUCGCGCAACAGAGUAUAGCUCUCUACUUUUCCCGACCGGUAAACAUCGAAUACACCGAGGUUGUUCCGGAGAGCGGAAACCUUACCUUCCCUGCUGUAACGAUUUGCAAUUUAAACCGUUUCGUCAAAAGGAAAAUCUAUAUGCCUUACGACGAGGAAGACUUUCACAAAUUGGGUCUAAAUCUCUCUUCUUGCGCAGCCGUCAGGAAGGUCAUCACUAACAUGACUUGCGGACAAGCCUUAUUAUGUUCCCACGAAAGGUAUGGGGUCGAAGUUAUAGAGGACUGCAACAAAACCAAGAAGCGAAUUGUUGAUGCUCUUAACAGCACCAAGGAAGCAGUGUUUAACCCGGAAAAGUUCUUGGGUGCUUACGGACAUGAAUUUGAAGAAAUGUUUACGUAUUACUGUACUUUUGCAACAAAGGAGGAGUGUAAAUCAGCAGAUUUCUUUCCUAAUUUGAUUCAAGGUGGCCGUUGCUUCACCUUUAACUCAGGAGAAAAUGGAACAAUAGUCCGUAACACAAGUGUCGCAGGAUCUUCUGGCGGCCUAGCUGUCGUUUUGGACGUUCGAACGGAUGAAGUUACCAUCAGUGAGUUCUCUCGUGGGUUGAGAGUGAUCAUUCAUGAACAAGGAGAGUACUUAAGCAUGGACCAUCAUGGAUUUAACGUUUUUCCAGGUUCACAUACUUUGGUCCGUGUAACUGCCAUACAGGGACACCGUCUCAAAUCUCCAUACAAAACAAACUGCACAGAGCGAGUACUUCCUGGAAUACCUCACUACAGUAGGGACGCCUGCAUCAUACAAUGUCUUGCCAACAAGACCGUGGAAAUGUGCGGAUGUAAGCUGGUUGGAGUACCACUUCCUUCAAGGGCUCCAGUCUGCACGUUCCAACACCAAUAUUGCUUCACUAAGACUAGAGAGUCAUUCAAUGCGUAUCACUGUUUCUGCGGGUUGCCUUGCCAAGAAGUUGAUUACAGGAUCCAAGUGUCUACCUCUGAAUUCCCGGACCACGGUGCUGCAAAAAUACUUCAUCAACGAUAUGGCUAUAAUAAAAGCAUGGAAUAUCAGAGGAAAAACCUGGUUUUCCUUCAAAUUGGGUUCCAGUACCAAGGGUACACAGUCAUGGAAGAAAGAGCAAGUUAUGGUAUUGAGAGCCUCUUAGGUGAUCUUGGAGGCAAUAUGGGACUAUUUUUGGGCUGUAGCAUAUUGACAUUGUUUGAGUUUGGAGAUUUGUUGUGGAAAAUCUUGAAGUUCAAGGAGAACCGAGUUAAAAAAAUAGACUCUGCAGGAAGGGAAAAAUCUGAAACAGAGUGAAAUGAAAGGAGAAUGCAUUGACCAAGAAUUUCACACAGCUUGGUUACUAUUUUAAAACUCUUCAUUAUACCAACACUUUGAAAUUGGUUUCCCUAUCAAAUUUUUGUCAUUUGGCCGUUUCAGUGAUUAUUGUAUGCUUAAAGUUAUUUUCUGGUGAUUAUCCAAAGUAUCAUUCACACAAAUGAAUUCCAAAAGUCUCACAACAUAAUUUUUGUUUGUAGCAGGCCGGGCUUAUGCCUCAGACACGAGGGACUUACAUUCAAAAUAUCACGGCCUAUUAGCACAAAGAGAAUACGGCGAAUCUCCCUUUUGGCUCAGAUUACUUAUUUCAGUCCAGACCCGUGCACGCGCUGCAAGGUUAUAAACGGUGUAAUGUAUUGGUGAUAAGCUAUGUCAACGGGGUUGAGCAUGCGCUGAUCGUGAAAGAGUCUUCAA